AUGUCACUCUUCACUCGAGCAUUUUUCCACCAAGAUCAGCCAUCUAGCCCGACUAUCUUUCGGCUUCUGGACGAGAUCAACCAAUACUCACAUGAUAUGGAACGAAAUACUCAUCAAAUCACAAAGUUAUUUACCCCCAAAUUUGACGUAAAGGAGCUCGGAGACUCAUUUGAGCUGCACAGAGAGCUACCUGGCAUUGGUCAGAAGAAUAUCAACAUUGAGUUCACCGAUGCGUCAACAGUUACUAUCAAAGGCCACAUUAAACGCAGUUAUUCAAAAGGUACUGUACCAGCUGUAUUCAUGGAAGGCAAGACCAAUGAAGCAAAGAGCGAGGACCCCAGCACGUCACAGGAGAAGUUCUGGGUCAUGGAGAGGAGUAUUUGGGAUUUCUCGAGAUCUUUUGCAUUUCCGGUGCCAGUAAACCAGGAAAAUGUAAAGGCUUUGAUGAUGGACGGGGCUCUGAACAUCAUGGUACCAAAUCAAAGAAACAGAAAAACCGCAAAAUACGUAUUCAGUAAAUCCUCGACUACUGUGAAUGGGAGUUUAUAUGUAUGGUUAAGAAAUAAAACAGAAUAA